UACAUCCUUGGUGUCUGUAAUGGGUCCAUGUUUCUCACUGUCGUGUGGUAAUUAAUUAUUCUUGGUACCUUUACAAUACCCCCCGCCCCUCAAUCGAAAAAUCGAGAUCAAAUAUGAGAUGACUCCCAAUAACAAAUCUCGUGUCAGUAGUUUCGAUUUUAUCUUAUUCCCUAUUGAAGCCUCAUGUAUAACUCAUGAGCUGCGUCCCUGGCUCGCAGGGAACACUGCACAGUCAACACGCAAAGCUUUUUCAGUCGAUGUCAUUUUCCUUGAAUGAUCGACGUAUCAAUUGAGCUGGCGCUUUGGUGAUCUCUUCAGCAACUUUCAGAGAAUAGGACUUAGUUAAAAGGCGUUUCCUUGCUUUAAUAAGACGUAAGUGAUAGCAACUAAGUGGCAUUUUACUAGUUUUGUAUCGUUAUUGCCUGAUGUUUACGGAUCUACCAUUGAAAUGUAUGAUUUUCAAGAGUAGGAUAAAUCAUAGAGUAGGAUUUCGGAUUUGCUUUACUAAUGUAAACACGAGAAAGAGUCCUUUUUUCAAAUGCAUGUAAAAAAUAUUUGUUUGACAUUAUGAAAUAUGUGGGAUUUGGAGGAGACAGUUCUAAAUUAUUUUCUCAUACAAAAACGCUCUGCCUUUGUCCAUUGAUAAUUUCAGCUAAAAUUAGCAUCCACGUAGAGUUUUUCAGGAACAAGCGUAAUUGAAAUGUUACAAUUGCUUACGUUAACUCAUAUCCGAUGUGAAAAUAUAACAAGGAAUCGACCUAUUUGUCGUGUUGUAGUUAAUUAAAACGGUAAAUUGCAGACGAGCGACUAUUUUGGGCUUCAUUGAUAUUGGUUUCUUGAUGAUGGUUGGGGGAACCUAGUUUUUAUUCCUUCCUUCAGCGUUCAUUUUGACAGAAUCACCAAGUGACAGAGUGCAUCACCUUGAUAUGCACAGUCACAGCUGUUUUUACAUAUUCUGACUGUUAACAUGACGUAACAGAAACGGAAUUAUAUAAGGAAGCAAUUUAAGAGAAAGCGUUAGCGUUGCUUUGCCCAAGCUAUGUUUAUGCAGACAAGGCGUGCAUAAUUCAUUAUACAACAAACAUUGAGAGACAUCUGUGUAUUGUUCUUAUAUAAUUUGUGUCAGAUUUGUGAGAUCACGCAGGGAGGGAGUGCCGGCCUUGAGGUGGCUGCCGUGUGAGGAUGAGACGCCGGUGGUGCAGUGUAGUCACGACGUACCUCGUGGUUUUCGUGGGGUUCAACCUUCUGAUUCUGUGGAGUGUCACCUCUCCAUACAACCCGGAAGUACAAAUGCGGCGAAUGCGGAAACUGUCCUUAAUUUCAGACACAGAAUUAGUGCGUGAGUCGCCAAACCAAUUAUCUGUUCAGUCGCCGUCUACUCCACCCCGAGAUGGAGCUAGAAUACAAGACAAGGCGAUCUCAACAAAGAAAACGAUAACGACGACAGAACUAUUUAAGGCUGAUAUUCAAAAUAUGAAUUUCACUCUUGUCACAGGCAGUGACAAUGUUUACUUUGAUGGACUCGUUAAUCUAGUGGGCUCUGUCCACUAUUGGGAAUCUCGUAGGAAUAUUGUUGUGUACAAUUUGGGAUUAUCUGAAACACAGAUUCAGAGAGUUAAGAGCUGGUGCCGAACGAAGUUAGUGAACUUUCAUUUAGACUCGCCUCGAUACCCAGAACAUGUGUCGUAUUUGAAAAAAUUUGCAUGGAAAUCGGUGGUGCUGAAAGACGCCGUGGACAGAUUUGGAAAAAUCUUGUGGAUCGACGCAGGAUGUGAUGUCAGAGGACCUAUGUCAAAAAUAGACGACUUUCUGAAACAAGAUGGACAUUUCUUCGUUCAGGGACAAGACGUGGAUAUGACUCGUCUAACUCAUUUCAAUAUGUUCCGAUAUUUCAAUGAAACAAUGUCAAAGUUUAAAGGGAAGUAUUCAUUUGCCGGCGGUAUAAGUGGAUGGGUGAAAGGCAGUAAAGCAUAUCGCAGGAUUCUGCCGCGCUGGAUCCAGUGUUCCAUGGACGUGACGUGCAUAUCGCCACUAGGGGCGGGACUCGCCAAUCACCGGUAUGAUCAGUCGGCCCUUUCCGUCAUAGCUUAUACUUCGGGUGUGAACAUCACGGCUCACACGGAGCUUUUGGCGGCGACGCGAUCUCAGUUGCACCCAGAUGCCAAGAAACCGAGCCCUCAAGUAAUAUACACAGCUAGGCGUGGCAGUUCAGACUACGCAGCAUACGUGUGUGAAAGGGAUGGUGCAUCAUAGAAUUUUGACUGCUGAAGGCGCGUUCAAACCUGUUCGGGUCUUCGAUGACGUCCGCAAACGUUAAUCGCAUUUCCAAUGAGACAAGAGCUUUAACCACACUUGUUAAGUUAAGGGGUUGUGACUCGUUACGUCUCGAAAGAAAGUUGCUAUGUGCAAAGAGCGGUCUAGUGCGAGCUCCCACUAUGGAUGCUCUGUUACUGACUGAUAAAUGUAUCGCGUCGCAUGGUGAUGCCAUCAAAACCUCAUUAGUUUAAUUCAUAACCUGCGUCUAAACACAUGGCCAGCGUUAAGGAAUACGAGAAAAACGCUCGACAAAUUAUUUACACAGUCGAUAUUGUUACUAAAUUUUACAAAUGAAUCUACGUGGUAUGGUGCACUCUUUUUUUUUUUUUUUUUUUUUUUUUUUUUGCUGUUGGUUGUUUUUGUUUUGUUUAUAAAUCUCUAUUUGUUUGAAUAAAGAGGUGCAUAUGAAUCAGACAUGGUCAGUUUGCCAAAAUGUAUUAUAUAAUUUCCGAAGGCUAUACGGACAAAAAUAAAAUAAGAUUUAAAAAAAAAGUUGGGAACAGGAAAUUAGCUUUCGAAUGUAUCCAUCAGAACUCGGCGUGACCUUUCUAUUCAUUAUUAUUGCCAGUUCUUAGAAGAUACUUCAUUUCAAUAACCUUGAUAUCCAUGUUGUUGCGCUGUAUAGAAAUUACAGCUCAAAAUUACGACGCAGGUCUUUGUGUCUCUUUUACUUUAGAAAGUAUAUUUGCUGCUAAGCCUUUGGAACAGCAUCCAACAAAUCCAUUUAUUUAUGUUGAAAGUUAAUAA